AUGGACUUUGAAAAUCCACCUGAAGCGAAACUACAACUUGAACAACGAAUAUCCACAUUAGUUUGCGAGUCAGUUUCAACAACCGAAAUGAAAAUGUGUCAGAUGGUUCAUGUAGAUGAACCUCUGGUAUCUGUUCUACCUUCACACGGUGGAACAAGACAAGUGUCAACACGACCGAAACGAUUACGACGAAAACCACGACAUCGUAGAGAGAAAUCUCGUCUGAAUUCUAACAGGAAAGCAUCGAAACGUCAUCAAAAGACUGAUUUUAAAUAUGAACUUGUUAAAACAAUUGAUUCACAAUUUCAUCCAACACAAGUUCGACGCAUUCUCCAUUGUUUGAACUUGAAAUAUCGAAGAAUUGUCAUUAAAGAUAAUCGCUUAUGUAUUGGUUUAAAAAACGAAGAAAGUCGAGAAGAGUUUAAUCCCUCGUUUUUAUUUACACCUGAACACUAUCGUCAAUUAAAUGGUCCACGACAAACAUCUCCACAUCUACAAUAUUCGCCUAGAACUCUACAACUGCCUGAUCAGCAGCAACAUUGUCCUCAACGGCAAAUUGGGUCAGUUUGGAAACGACCUUGA